UACAAUCGCUCAAAUUGAUCCAAAAAAUUUGCCAGUUCUUGAACGUGCUAUAUCUGAUUUUAAAGAGGCACAAUCUUCUAAUACUUCUUCUCUUUUAAAUCAUCAAGAAACAUUAUUUAAUAACAUAUGUAAUAUGACUGAUGAUUCUAACGCAAUUAAAGAUUUGGAAGAAGAAAAUAAAGAACUAAAAAGUCAAAUCAAGAAGUUUGGAAAAGAAAAAGAAAAAUUAAUUAAAAAAACACAAUCGUUGGGUGCCAGUAAACAACAUUUUAAAACAAAAUCUGAAAAAAGAGUUUCUACAAUUAGGUCUCUUGUUCGCAAAUCUGGAAAUUUUUCUGAAAAUGAAUUUAAAAAUCAAGUUAAAUCUCUCUUUAAAAUAAAUAAGAAUGAAUAUUCGCCACAAAUGGUUUGGCUUGCAACAAGAAUUACCCAGGUUGGACAAGUAUCAAUGCAUUCAACUGUAGAAUGUCUACAAUUAGUAUAUCAAUUCUUAAUUGGAGAAAAACCAAAAAAAUGGUUAUCACGUUCAACAUUAAGUACUUGGCAUCAAGAAGUAGCCAAUUUAGAAGUUCAUUCAACCAUUACACAAAUUUCUGAAGUAAAUAGUUAUGGUAUAAUGGUUGAUGAAUCCACACAUGUGUGA